CGCUCUCUCCAGCGCACUUGGCGAGCUGGAGAGGUGAGAGGGAUCCUGCGAGCCGGCGCAGGGCGGCGAGUCCAGAGCCGCCGGCUAAGGCGAGGCGCGGACAGACCGACGCUCCCCUGCUCUCCGGCCCCCGCCUCUCCCCGUAGCCGGCCGGACCUGCACCCCGCGCUUGCCCCCGCUCAUCCUCCCCCCGCCCGGUCAGGCGCGCUCCUCCCCGGCCGGCCCCUCGGCGCGCGGCGCGCUGGAGGCGAACGCGGGCUGAGCCGAGCGCAGUGGCCGCCGACCACCGAGCGCCCCGCGCCGCUCCCUGCAUGUGCGGCCCGCGGCGGCUCGCAGCCCCCGGCAGCAGCCUCGGCAGCUUCGGCCGCGCCUCGAGAGGCGGCUGCAGCGGCUCCAGCGGCGGCCGAGCGGCCGAGCCCGGGCUGGGAGACACGAUGCGCCGCGUCCUCCGGCUGCUCCUCGGCUGCUUCCUCACCGAGCUGUGCGCCCGCGUGUGCCGGGCGCAGGAGCGAGCGGGGCACGGGCAGCUGGCGCAGCUGGGCGGCGUGGUAGUGCUGGCGGGGGGCAACCGGUCCGGGGCCGCCUCCGGAGAGGCCGGCGAGGGCGCGGGGGCCUCGGACGCGCCCCCGACCCGGGCGCCCACGCCAGACUUCUGCCGGGGCUACUUCGAUGUCAUGGGCCAGUGGGACCCGCCGUUCAACUGCAGCUCGGGCGACUUCAUCUUCUGCUGCGGGACUUGUGGCUUCCGGUUCUGCUGCACAUUUAAGAAGCGGCGACUGAACCAGAGCACCUGCACCAACUACGACACUCCGCUGUGGCUCAACACCGGCAAGCCCCCCGCACGCAAGGACGACCCCCUGCACGACCCCACGAAGGACAAGACCAACCUGAUCGUUUACAUCAUCUGCGGGGUGGUGGCCGUCAUGGUGCUUGUAGGCAUCUUCACCAAGCUGGGGCUGGAGAAAGCGCACCGGCCGCAAAGGGAGCACAUGUCCAGGGCCCUUGCAGAUGUCAUGAGGCCACAGGGCCACUGCAACACUGACCCUAUGGAGAGGGACCUCAACAUUGUGGUUCAUGUCCAGCAUUAUGAAAACAUGGAUACCAGAACUCCCAUAAAUAAUCUUCAUGCUACGCAGAUGAACAACGCGGUGCCCACCUCCCCUUUGCUCCAGCAGAUGGGCCAUCCGCAUUCGUACCCCAGCCUGGGCCAGAUCUCUAAUCCCUACGAGCAGCAGCCGCCGGGCAAAGAGCUCAACAAAUAUGCCUCCCUGAAGGCGGUUGGAAGUUCUGAUGGUGACUGGGCAGUGGCGACACUUAAGUCACCAAAAGCCGACAAGGUCAAUGAUGACUUCUACUCCAAGCGACGGCACCUGGCCGAGCUGGCCGCCAAGGGGAACCUACCUCUGCACCCAGUAAGAGUGGAAGAUGAGCCGCGGGCCUUCAGCCCUGAGCAUGGGCCCGCCAAGCAAAAUGGACAGAAGUCACGCACCAACAAGACGCCCCCACAUCCCCUGGCCUACAACUCCACCACCAACUUCAAGGGCUGGGACCCCAACGAGCAGUCUCUCCGGCGGCAGGCUUACGGUAACAAGGGCAAACUUGGCGUAGCCGAGUCGGGCUCCAGCGACCCCUUGGGGACUCGCACCCAGCACUACCCACCCCCACAGCCAUACUUCAUCACCAACAGCAAAACAGAAGUGACUGUCUGAGCUUUCACUACAGGAAGCAUCCUGGAGACCAUACUCAACUGAGAGGCAAAAAAUAUCCCUGGCCCACACCCUUCCUGCCCUCCCCGACAUGCUCCCUCAUGCCCUGACUCCCCAUACCAACCGACCAUAAACCUGCUGGCGACGCGGAAUCAUGCUUUUCUUGGGUCAUGCCUAACACGUGUCGGCGGGCAGCUGAGCAAGGCCGAAGCAGGGAUGUUCAGCAAUACAGCAGAGGGGAAACUGAGGCACGGCUCUUUCGACUUCGGCCCAAGGUGGCCGACUCACACGCCCAAACCGUGGGGCUGAUUUUUUCUUUUCCUCCUGACUUAAGACUGAAAUCCAUGAUGACGAAUUAAAAGUAGCACAACUUAGAGAAAUUGUCCAUUCGAGCACAUAUUCCAUUUACCACGCACUGUCUGUUUCCAGGUGAAAGAGCUGGGGGUGUGGGGAGAGGAGAGCGUGGAGGGUACGACAAGAGUGUACUUGAGAAUAUGAGCUGUUUGGGGAGGAAUCUGUGUGCAUUAUAAGUGUUUUCUAAUCCCGAGAAGUAGUGACGUGGAAACACGCUUUUGACGAGCGUGAGACAGUCCAACCCUUCUAUUUAUAGUACUUUUCAUAUUGUCAAUGUUGGAAGCAAAAAACAACACACACUUGAACUCACAAGGAAUAAAUAAGACCCUGAACCCACCAAUAGUGAUGAGAAAGAACGUUGUAGAGAAGUCCCGUAAAGACCAUGACCAUGGACACGGGAAGGAUAGGUUUUUAUGGCUGGGAGAGGGUCCAGAGGGUGUUAAAUAACUUUUUUCUUAAAAAAACAAAAACAAAAACAAAAAACAAAACAAAACAAAAGAACAAAGAUAAACGAAUACAAGCCCACUACAAAACAGACAAAACGGCAAAUCAAUUUUUGUCCCAAAUCCUCGCGACUUAGGAAACAAACAAUGGCAUCAAGAACAAUGACACCAAAAUUCACGGUUGAAAAGUCGACAAGAGGUGAAAAGGGGGCCCCCUAUUUCCUGCCUUGCCUCCGAGACAAGAAACACAGAAACCAGUCCUCCAUUAACUGUCUCUCCCUGACUGCCCUCAGCCCUUGCCACCACCGCUGCCAAAUUUCAGCUGCUUUGGACUGAAAAUGUCGUAAGCGUGGGUGGUGCCUUCAAUGUGUUACAGUUUAAUGACAGUCUUGUUACCCAAGUGCAACCUGUGUUCUCUUGGCCUCCCUCCCUCCUGUUUCCUGCAAUAAUAGAAGAUGUUUCUAUCCCCCCAACCCUUUGUCGGUGAGCCCACCCAUCACACACUCUGAGGGGGCUGCUGUGAUGUCAGGGGUACCUAAAGACGAAGACACCCCCCCUUUCCUCCCACCCUGUCACCACUAGUCCUCCCUUUAUCUAGCCCCCCCAGGCCUAUCAAGCAUUUCUGGGUCUCGUAAUUCCGACGGUCCUUCCAAACCACCUCCCCAGAUACUUCCAUGAAUUUAGCUCCCACCCGGAAUUCCCUGAGGUGGUUUUUCAGAUGGGUUCUCAUAGCCAGUGGCCCUUGGGUAUCCCAACAAAGCCAAUGUCCCUGCUAGUUUUGUUUAGUGGAAGCCCAAAGAGGAGAGUGGAGACACAAGAGAUUUUGAUUUUAGGUGAGAAGUUUUCAACCAGUCCCUAAUGGCCUUAGCCAGUUAAUAGGAACCUCCAAGUGACAGCCCCCUGCCCAUCUACCCCCACCCCCCCAGCUCUUCUGGUGUCAGAAGCUGCACAUGGUGGUCCAAGAAGACUCAGAGAAUUCCCCAGGAUGGCCACGUGCAGAGUUCUGCCUCACCCGUUUGUCAUCUCGGGCAUCAUGGAAGCAGGGAAAUCUGGUGUUUAUUCGCCUUCUCAUUCCCAGCUGAUCUGGGGACAUUGACAACGCAUGGUAUCUCUCUGGGCCUUGGCCUCCCAUCUGAAACACAGGCAGUUGGGGCUAGAUCAAGCUUUUCAAGGUUCUUGGAUAGCAAAACCUCUGCCCGUUAAAAAAGAAAGAAAAAGAAAAAUCAUCCACAGAUGCCAGUAUCGAAGAUCCUCAUUUAUAAAGUGGUUCUGUGCUGAACAAAGCAGGGCUGUCAGUGGCGGGGCGGGGGGCAGAUACAGUACCCACCUUCUCAGCCUCUUUGCCAGGAUCCCAGCACACCCCAGCGUGGAGUAAACACCGCCAAGCUUGGUCAGUGUUUUCUUGAUGUUAGUUCCAGGUACUGCAGUGUGCUUUGGCAUCCCUGUGUGUCUCCAUCGCGGUAUCUAAAGGGAUUCAUUCUUAAUACCUCGAAUUUCUAAAAGGAAAACUCCCUCUCAUGAUUCCAAAUAGAAAAGCGGUAUCGAUCACCCUAGAUAGAAAAGAAGGAAGAAAAUAAGUACAAAGGCAGCAAAGCAACAGUUGUUAAGCUCUAGGUAAAUCGUGUUACCUGUGGAAGGGUCUGACUCUAGAGCCAGGCUUUGGGAUUGCGCACAUGCACUCUCUCUCUCCCUCUCUCCCCCUCUCCCCCUCCCCC